AGCCCAGAUCCUGUGUGCACACACCUGGUGGAAGCGUCAGUCUGCCCUGUGUUCAUUGGGCUCUAGUAAAUCAAUAGGCUCACCCGCUGCAAGGGUUGCACAAAGACUAGGGAGGAGGUCAUUUACAAAUAUACAUGGAAAUCUGUUUAGAGCUUUUCAACUGAAAAGAAUGGCCAAAUUUGAAACACUUAUGCUUCUCUAUCAGAGGAGUUGUUGGAAAAUUGCCUCAAUUAAGGAGCAGGAGAAAUCCAGGCUUCACGGACAGUUGUGUGUAGUACAACCUGGGGGCAGCAAAAAAAAAAAAAAAAAAAGGGGGGGCCUUGCCCAGGGUGCUGUUAAUGCAAGAACCACCACUGUGAUGCAGCAUGGAAUAAAACCUAUCACAAUAAAUAACCAUAUAAGACCCACACAUUAAGGCCACAAUAUAUAUGUAUAAAUAUAAGAAAAUACAGCAAUGUGGCUUUAGAGGUUUCUUGCCCAGCGUUUUGUUCAGAAGGUUUGAUACUAAUUCAAAUGCGUGCCCAGAAUUUAAUCGAGCUGAAAUGAGUACAGCCAGUCAGCAGUCAGCCUACUUUCCCCGGGUUUCUCCACUGACAGGCGGGGAGCAGCAGGAAAACUGAGAGACUAGUCUUUCUCGUUGCAGUCCCGCUGCUGUGCCACUGCGCAAACAGUCUCCGCCGUUCAGGGAUAGGUCUCCCCCAAAAUGAGGCUGCGCUCGAAACGAUCAUGCGAUUGAGUGACGAGCGCGUCAUGCUUGUCUUCCUCCUCCUCUGCUCUGUGCGAUCAGUGGCUCUGUGUUCCGCAAUCCCCCGGGAUACUGUACCGCCCUCGAUGGCUCUGCUAUCGCCGUUCCGUUCGCACUGAAUGGCCGGCCGGAUCGAGGAAAAACGGGGGGAGAGAGCGCUGCGUCUCCUCCUUUAGACCAACGCUCUGCAUCAGCUUCCCAGUGAGGGGCAAACCCUUUGGUGGUGUGCGUAGGCGCGCCAUGGCCCAGACCCUCCAGAUGGCGAUCCCAAACUUUGGCAACAACAUUUUAGAGUGUCUGAACGAGCAGCGACUGCAAGGCCUCUACUGUGAUGUCUCUGUUGUGGUCAAGGGCCAUGCCUUCAAGGCACAUCGAGCUGUUCUGGCAGCCAGCAGCUCGUAUUUCCGGGACCUUUUCAGCAGCAGCACCAAUGCUCCGGUUGCUAACAGCAACGAGACGAGCCCCACUGUUGUUGAGCUCCCUCCAGCUGUGCAGCCCCAGUGCUUCCAGCAGAUUCUGGCUUUCUGUUACACAGGCCGCCUCAGCAUGACAGUGGGAGACCAAUUUCUUCUCAUGUAUACUGCCGGCUUUCUUCAGAUCCAGCAGAUCAUGGAGAAGGGCACCGAAUUCUUCCUCAAGGUAAAGGUGUCUUCCCCAAGUUGUGACUCCCAGGGUCUUCAUGCCGAGGAAGCUCCAACCUCAGAGCCGCAGAGUCCUGUAACACAGACCAGUAACAGUGCACCACGUCCUGCCUCCAGCGUGACGCCGCUCCCUCUCGUUUCACGACUUAAGACAGAGCAGCCAUCCAACCAGACGGAAGCCGCCACUCCUUAUUCUGUGGUUUGCACUCCUGUUGCCAAGCGGCUGUGGGAGGGCGGCAGCACCCGCGACGGAGGCGGGUUAGGCUCGGGUGGCGGCGGUGGAGGAGGAGGGGCCAGAAAGGCGGCCCGUUAUUCCCAGGAAGCGGUGCGGGGCAGUGCCAUCCAGACCCCCGUAGCUCUCGGACUGGCCAUGGGCAUGAACGCCACUACAACCAGCCUGGCAGGCAUGGUGCCCAGUGGUGGGAUUGGUGGAAAUGCCGGCACCAACGGGAAUUCUGCAGCUGGGCUCGGAAUGUCAGAGGGUGCCAGCCCCGGCACACUGAGUACCUACGCUAGUGACUCACCCAUCAGCUACCAUGACGAUGAGGAGGAAGAAGAGGGAACAGACGAAAGUGCCGAGGAGCAGUACAGGCAGAUCUGUAACAUGUAUACCAUGUACAGUAUGCUCAACAUGGGAGCAGCAGCAGCCGGGGAAAGAGUCGAGGCCCUUCCUGACCACAUAGAGACUCGAGGUCGGAUGCGAGGCCGAGACCUUACUUGUCUUCCUCCAGAACUUAUUGCUCAGAUAGGAAACCGCUGCCAUCCCAAACUGUACGAGGAAGGAGACCCUGCUGAGAAACUAGAGCUAGUCUCAGGAACUUCUGUGUAUAUUUCGAGAGCCCAGCUAAUGAACUGUCAUGUGAGCGCAGGGACGAGACACAAGGUGCUGCUGAGGAGGCUGCUGGCUGCCUUCUUUGACAGGAAUACUCUGGCCAACAGCUGUGGGACAGGGAUCCGCUCGUCCACCAACGACCCUAGCCGCAAACCCCUGGACAACAGAGUACUCCAUGCGGUCAAAUUUUAUUGCCAGAAUUUUGCCACGAGUUUCAAAGAGAGCGAGAUGAACGCCAUCGCAGCGGACAUGUGCACCAAUGCCCGCCGCGUGGUGCGAAAGAGCUGGAUCCCCAAGCUGAAGCUGCUGAUGGCUGAGAGCGACGCCUACUCCUCCUUCCUCCCCGACGGAGUCAAGACAGAGGACGAAGCCCUGGGGGCGGACCAGGCCUUCGAGCCCGCCUCCCUGGAGGCCACCGGCGGCGCCGGCAUGGAGUCGGGCGGCUCCUCAGGUGAAUCUCUGCCAGGCGUGGGUGGGGAUGGAGUACCGUUGUUCUAAACGCUCAGCCCCUGGAAAGGUUUAAGUCUGGUGACGCACGUACCAGUACCCCCACUCCCCGGUUGUGCUUGCCUCCUCACUCUUUGGCCCCUCCCUGAUCUCUCUUUACAUCUCUGCUGUCUGUACAACAGUCCUUGGGGCGACAGCCGUCACUCCGUUAUAACCAGGACGUAAAAACUCACAACUUUUUUUUUUUUUUUUUUUUGCUUUAUGACUGUAAAACAGAGUUAGUGGAGUAAAAGGAUGCUUGAGCGUUUGUCCUCUACCUCCCCUCGUCUCAUAUGGUGUGCAAGUGCAGCCACGGUUGCAUUUAAGAUACAUUCCCCGAGGUGCAGGUAGGGGGCGCUACCAGUGCAGCCAGGGGAAGAAGGGAGCGAUGUUUUGGCAGGCUGGGAGCAGAGGUGACAAAAAAAAAAAUAUGAAUGUAAGUGUCGCUGGCUUUUUUUCUCUAUGCAAGCCUGACAACUUGUGUUCCAGCCUUGGAAAUAGAACUAAAUUUAACUGUAUUAAAACACAAUAACACUACUUAUUCCUCCUUACAUCUUCCUCUCAACCCACCUCACCUCAGAGUGUUUCACUGUGCCGCAUAUUGUAGAAAUAUUCUCAACUUUUUUGUAAACGUGCUCGCAUGUUUGUGUCUGUGAACUGAAAAUUAAAAUUUGGGGAUGGAAGGAGGGGAGCUUUUUACUAAGAUGAUUGUAAAGAGGACUGAGAGGAAACAGGUAAACAAAGAUGGUUCUAUUUUCAGAAGAAAAACUAUAUUUAUACAGGCGCCGAUGCCUAAAUCGGUGUGAGCGACGAGAGCGAGGGUGAUUGUUUUAAAAUCUCCACGUAAGUAAGCUUCUGUCGAAAGAGUUAUUGUCAAAUGAGAGGAAAAGUGCUAUUUUUGCAGGAGUAUAACAAAGGAGUCUUAUGAUAGGAAUUUGUGUCAUUUAUUUUUAGCUUUAUUUUCAAAUGAAAGAGAUGGAAUGAGCAGUUGAACUGCUAAAUUUGACACAUUUCGUCUUCUGUUCACCAGCCUGAAAGGAAAUAAUUUCGAACAUUUUAGUUGGAUUUCACUGUCCGUUAAAACCCUUCCUUAGGUUGUGGAUCUGCAGCUUUGAUAAACCGCUUGCUCACAAUCCUGAAGAUUACUUGCAGAAACUCAAAGGUUAUAUUGAUCUCGAAAAACAAAACAACAACAAAAAAAAAAACUGUUAGCUUUGUCUUUGUACAGAAAUUACAAAAAAAAAGAGUCAGUAGUAGUUAUCAGACAAAAGAAUGUGCCUUUUAACUGAAAGCAGUAAGAAAAAAGCGAGCUAUUGCUUGAAGUAAACCGAUUUUAAUGGUACUAUCUGUGUGUGCCACGUAGUUCUUUGGUGUGGAUUGUACAGAUGUGUGUCAGUAUCUUAUCCGUCGCACCUCUGCAAUGUAGGAACUCGGAAAGGCUUUUAUUUUGGACUUUGAGAUGACUUUGCACCUUCCAUGAGAGACGGAGAGAGAAAUGCGGGUGGUUUCUGCACCUUAAUGAAAAGAACCAGUGGUUCGUGUAUCUUUUUGAGAAACGUGUAGCAAUCAAACCCCUGUAGGUGGAGUAUGUCUUUUAAUUUAUCCCUCCCUAUGCCUGCCUGUGUUUCUUGUAGAUGACCAAGGAGUUAAACCCCAAGUGUUCUUCCUGUUGUUUUGCACCUGAUUUGUCUGAUUAGAAAAAAAUGUCGACAACCAGUGUUCUUUUUUUUUUCUUUCUUUUAUUUUACUUUUGGUUUUUUUCCCCCCCAAAUCUGAAAGUUUGUUUGACUGAAUCCUUUUGAAUGCAUGUCAGUACAGGGGACUCACUUUUCCUGUUGCAGGUGAACUGACUUAGAAUGUGCCGUUAACCUUUUAUAUUAUUUUGCAGGCGAUUACGGGGGAAUCCGUCUUUCUUUUCAAAUGCAGUUGAAUCUGAAGUGCUUUUUUGUCUUGCAGAUUACAUUGCUGGGAGCGUCACAGAUGCAUAAUAACUCAACCUCUUUUUGUCAUUGUUCAAAAUGCAAGACUUGACUUAGAUAGCUCAACUAGGGUCAGUGUAGAGAAUUAAAAAAAUGCAGUAUUGUGUAAGGGUGACAACUUCAAAAACCUCACUUUUUGCUUUCGACUGUAAGUGCCACGUGGGCACGCCUCCCCCCGUUUACCUCUCCACCAUCUUUGAAGACUGUUGUGAGCUUCCUCUCUUUCACGCUUCAAGUUGGUGUCACGUUUCACUUCCACCAGCCUAAUCAUGCGUUUCUGAGAGGCAAAGAAGAGGUUCAAGCUGUUCGGCCAGAAUUAGAAGUUGCAUCUCUCGUUUGUUUAUUUUCGUAAAGUGCAGCACAAAGAAGCCUUUGCAGCGAGCUUGUUGUAGACUGGUUCACGCUGCAUAGUGACCCACUGAGCCAUUUGUAAUCUGUUCUGAUUCAUAGCAGAUUGACUUCUCGCCGGUGAGUCAUCCAUGUUGGUACGACACUCCGGCCCAACCCAAGUACAGAAAAUCUCCACAUCCUACUUGAUUAGUAGUCUAAUCAGGUCUCUAGAUUAGACUACUGAUAAACGCUGGUUUAGGCUCAAGUGGAAAGAAGUAUGACAUGUCAGCUUUCAAAGGUCCCUUUCUCACGAUGUUUUAUCUCAUUUUUUGAGAACUGAAAGCUUUUUUUUUUCUUUGUUUGUUUUUGUUUGUUGAACAUUAAGAACAAGCUGUAAUUUGCGUAGUUAUAUUUUAUUUUUUUCACAUCCCAGAACAUGUAGACCUACACACUUGAAUGAAUAAGUUGUGGCACAGCAUGAGGAGUCUUUUUGUCUCUAAGCAGUACAUAUAUAAAUACGAUUCUAUACAUGUAUAGAUACAUACUGUAUAUUAUAUAUAGACACACACAUAAGGAUCCGAUUGUUUGUUGUGCACUCGCAGCAUGAGGUAUAUAUUUACCCAGAAACUAGGCGCUUCCCCGCCGCCCCUGCUCUUUGCCCUCUGUAACCCUGUAGCACCAGUGGACCUCCUGUACUGCUCAUCUUCCUUCUUUCUGUGUUCAAAGUGCCAAUAACUUUGUGAAAGCCCUGUAACUGUGACCCAACGUUAUCAAAGAUAAUUGCACAUUAACAACUGUAAAAUAAAUGCAAAUUAUAGAAAUGGAAAUCAAAAUGAAACUUGUCAUGAAUUAAAAAAAAAAAAAAAACAUCCUAAUAAAAGAUUUGUAACGA